AUGCCUUUUCUUGCAGGCACUCUGGGCAUUGCCAUCCGCCGGGGGGAAAUACCAGGACUAAGGGACUUCCUACUGACCAUACGCCCUGACAAUGACACUCUCAGCAGCCAGGACAACAACUUAACAUGUGAUCUCAAUACUGCUUAUGCUUGCUUAUUAAUCCCCCUUCAUCAGGUGAAGAAGUUUUGGGAGCACAUAUUUCGGUGUAAGUUUGUUUCUGCUGGAAUGGAGGUGGAAGGUCAGACUCAAGAAAGACGAUGUACAGGGAAUGAGCUUCUAAGGAAUAUUGAGACGGAAUUUCUUGAUCUGUCUAACCUCAGGCCAGAGUACAAUGUGUACAAGGCAGUAUAUGCCCUGGCACAUGCCCUACAUGACCUUCUGCAGUGUGUUCCAGGGAGUGGGCCUUUUAAAGGUCAAAGCUGUGCCAGUUUACAGGGACUAGAGCCAUGGCAGAUUUUAUAUUACUUGCAAAGGGUCAAUUUCACUACAGACUUUGGUGAUCAAGUGUCAUUUGAUGAGAAUGGGGAUGCUUUACCAAUCUAUGAUGUGAUGAACUGGAGGUGGCUCCCAGAUGGAAGCACAGAGGUUAAAAAUGUGGGAGAGGUCAAAGAAUUGGCUUCAAAAAUAGUUGACCUCAUCCUUGAUGAAGACAAAAUCUUUUGGAAUUUUGAAUCACAAAAGGUCUGCUUACCUUUUGUCAGGGACAUGUUUCAAUAAUUAAAUAGAAUAAUUCGAUUAAUAAUUUAUUUAUUUUAAUGUAAUUAACUUUUUCUCCCUUAGCCUCCUGAAUC